CUUUGUUAAAUUGUAUCAUCCCUCCAAAAAUCUUGACAUUAUUUUAAUAGAAAGAGCAGCUUGGACAAAAUGUUAAACAUCCCUUUUGUUGUUCUAAUGCAAGAAAAUCAGUGGGUUUACAAGACCACGAGGGUGAGUAGAUGAACAACUUUAUUAGGACAAAACUCAAUUAUCAUGUUGAUUGUCUUCAGAGGUGUAAUUAUUUCUUAUUCCGUGCGUGUUUGUUGUGAUGACUAUCAGUGAACAGAUCAAUACUCUCAUCAGUACAGCUGAUCUGGAGAGUAAUUAUAACUGUGCAAUCUAGCAGAAAAUUAUUCCAACAGACUCAACGGCUUUCUGUUCUGCUUAGCAGCUGAUAUGUUGGAGAUUUAUUCAAAGCGUCCAGAGUCAGUGUGAACAACAGAAUCCUGAUUAGCUCUUAAACAGAAUGCUUUUUUUUUUUUUUUAAAUAAGACUGUUCAAAAUAUGGGAUGUGAAUGAAUUUAAGAUAUAUUACAGAUACAUAAGAUAUUUUUCUACAAUUAAUUAGCUAUCAUUUCAACAGACAAUUAAAAUGGACAGUGUUUUGUAAUUUUAACUAUUGAACAGAACUGAGAAAGUAAAGACCAAUGGUGUGUUUAAAGGUACCUGCUUAUAUCUGAAGUUAAUUUUUUAAGUUGGAUAAUUAAUCUUAACAUAUCUAAUAGUUCUGUCUCUAAAAAACAUGGGAUUUAUUGCUUUAACAUUUUUGCUAUUUUGAAAAUCGUUUACCUAAUUUAGAGUUCCCAGUCAAGAAGGACUCUCACAUUGUUAUAUGUGACCCUGGACCACAAAACCAGUCUUAAGUCACUGGGGUAUAUUUGUAGCAAUAGCCAAAAGUACAUUGUAUGGGUCAAAUUAUCCAUUUUUCUAUUCUUUUCGAAAAAUUGACACUUAAGACUGGUUUUGUCGUCCAGGGUCACAUAUUAUCACCAAAUCUUGGAUUCGAUCCUUUUGUCAACUUGUUUAUAGAUAGAUAUAGAUAUAUAAAGCAAAGCUGUUAGCAAGUCUAAUGCAAUAACUUAGCAUAGCAAGAUAAGUUUUAGUCCAAUGUGAUAACAUUAGCAGUUUCAUGAAAAAGAAAGUCCAGCUCAACAUGAGGGUUAAAAAAGCUGUCAUCAUCUGUUUCUGUGCGUGAGACAAACGAGAUGAGAAUCGUCUCAGUCAGAGGAAAUCCAGCAUGUAAUCCUGCUCAGCUCAUCACUUUGAGACCCGAGUUACGUAACGCUCGGCACACAGGUAACGACUGCCACUGAUACUCGCAUAUCCACACAAAUUCAUAAUAACAGGAUGAGAGGAUAGAAAUGUGACGGUAAAGUACAGUACAUUCACCAACCACUUGAUGACUGUUGCACAAAACUGGAAACUACUUUCUUGAUUUUUUUUUUUUUAGUGUAGUAGUCUGAUUUUAUACAUCUUAGGUGAGUAAAGGCAAAUAAGUGAUGUCUUGAACCAGGGUUGAUGGACUGAACGCUUUUGACGAAGACCUAUUUACAGGAUUUCCCAGGAAACAAACUCAUCUACAUUUUGGAUGGCCUGAAGCUUUCUGGACAUGAUGUCGAUCGACGGACACUGUCCUGCCUACAUCAAGACGGAGCCAUCGAGCCCUUCCUCCCUGUCGGACAGUCUGACCCAGCACAGUCCCGCGGCGUCGUCGGACGCUGGGAGCAGCUACAGUUCGGUAACUAAAGGGAACCCAACAGGUCUGGACUCUCCCGCUUCAUACCCUGCGGCUGAGGCGGCUCUUAGGCCUCCCGGCGCACCCUGCAGGCUGCUGGAGGAAACGCAGGAGAAGAGUGGAUAUGGGCUGAGCUCGGGCCCCAAACGCCUGUGUCUCGUGUGUGGAGACGUUGCAUCUGGUUUUCACUAUGGAGUGGCUUCCUGCGAGGCCUGCAAAGCAUUCUUCAAACGCACCAUUCAAGGAAAUAUCGAGUACAGUUGUUCGGUCAGCAGAGACUGUGAAAUAACUAAAAGGAGGAGGAAGUCCUGUCAGGCCUGCCGCUUCACUAAGUGUCUGUCUGUGGGAAUGCUGCGAGAAGGUGUGCGUUUGGACCGGGUACGAGGAGGACGGCAGAAAUAUAAGAGGAGAAUCGACUCUGAUUCCAGCGUCGUCUUCAGUGUACAGCAACCUCACAGAAAACAGCCGUCCUGCAGCGCUCAGGGGGAGAAUAAGGUGGUGACCCUGCUGUUGGGGGCGGAGCCAGAGAAGGUGUGUGCCAUGCCUGACCCCGCCCUCCCCGACAGUGACAUCAAAGCCCUAACGACCCUGUGUGACCUCGCCGAUAGAGAACUGGUGCUCAACAUCAGCUGGGCCAAACACAUACCAGGUUUCUCCAGCCUCUGUCUGUCCGAUCAGAUGAGUCUCCUGCAGAGCGCGUGGAUGGAGAUCCUCAUCCUGCGUGUGGCUUUCCGCUCGCUGCCCUGCGAGGACAAGUUGGUGUUUGCGGAGGAUUACAUCAUGGAUGCUGAACAGGCCAAAUCAGCAGGUCUGCUGGAGCUCCACAAGGCCAUAUUACAGCUGGUGCGCAGGUACAGGUCCAUGAGGCUGGAGAGAGAAGAGUUUGUCACUCUGAAAGCCAUCGCUCUCGCCAACUCAGACUCGAUGCAUAUAGAGGACGUGGAGGCCGUUCAGGGUCUGCAGGACUCUCUCCAUGAAGCUCUUCUGGAUUACGAGUGUGUCCAUCACAGGGAAGACCCUCGAAGGACGGGGAAACUCAUCAUGACCCUUCCGCUCCUCCGCCAGACCUCCGCCAAAGCCGUGAGGCACUUCUGCAGCAUCAAGCAGGACGGACGCGUCCCCAUGCACAAACUCUUCCUGGAGCUUCUGGAGGCAAAUGUCUGAUCCUUUACCUGAUUGGACCGCCAAACAGAGGUGACACGCCCCUCCUGCACAUGAUUGGAUGAAGGAUUAUUCGCAAAUCCAUGGAAAACAACAGGCGCUUGUCAUUGUAAUGACUCAUGACACAUAACAAUAAUACAGGAUAUUCUCAGACAAAUACAGUUUGUUUCAUAUAUCUGCGGAUGAUAGAUAACUAAAAAAUGAAGUAUCAAAUACAGUGCUGUUCGAAAGUUUUUUUAUUAUUAAUUAUUAAUUUUAUUCAGCAAGGGUGCAUUAAACUGAUCAAAAGUGACAGUAAAGACAUUUAUAAUGCUACAAAAGAUUUAUAUUUCUGUUCUUUUGAACUUCUUAUUCAUCAAAGAAUCCAGAAUGUGUUAUGAUUUCCACAAAAAUAUUAUCAGAACAUCUGUUUUCAACAUAAUAAGAAAUGUUUCUUGAGCAGGAAAUCAGCAUAUUAGAAUGGUGUCUGAAGAGUCAUGUGACACUGAAGACUGAAGUAAAGAUGCUGAAAAUUCAGCGUUGAUCACAGGAAUAAAUAAAUAAAAAUUUCAGAUACAAAACAGUUAUUUUAAAUUGUAACAAUAUUACAGAUUUUUCUGUAUUUUUGAUCAAAUAAAUGCAGCCUUGGUGAGCAUAAAAUACGUUUUUCAAAAACAAAUCGUACCGAGCCCAAACAUUUAUGAGUGCUGGAUGUGAAUAAAUAUCGUUAAAUUAAAAUCUCAAUCUUGAAGGUGUUCAUUGCAUUUUAUUUAUCAAGUUAAGUUAUUCAAGACUUAUUUUUAAAAACAUUUUCAGUUUUCAUAAGAGCUUUAUCACAGUAGAGAGCAUCAGCCUUGCCAAAUAAUAGUAGUCUAAUUGCUCUCCUCACACAGAUAUGAAGAAAAAAAGUGUUAACAACAUCUGCUACAGAAUUGAAUGCAGUCUAGACAGAAAUAUAAUAUAAAGAAGAACAGCAAAUAAGUGUAGCAACAUCAGAGACAUACCAAAACACUUUUAUUGAAAAAGUGACCUGAUUAGCAUAAUAGAUAACAUACUAAUGAAGGAUUUUUUUUGUCUCCAGAUGCUUAUUUAGACCUGCACAACUAAAGCUGAUUGCAGCUUUUAUUUAUUCCAUAAUUGCCAUGUUUUACCAUUUGAACCUAGCUCACCAAACUGGAAGGUUCUUGCUCAGUCAGUGACAGAAGAGAGAAGCCAUAGCAAUAUCUGUUCUCAGCCAAGUAUCUUCUGAAGCAAUAACUGAAUGUUUUAACAGUACAUUUGAUCUACUUAUUAUCUCACAAUUUUGACUUUUUUUCAGAAUUGCAUGACAUUAACUCGCAAUUGCAUGUGGAAAAGUCUGAAUUGCAAAGUAUAAACUUUCGAAAGUAGUGACUUUCCUCAAAACUGACAUUGCGAGUUUAUUUCUCAUGAUUCUGAGAAAUAAAGUAUAAACUUAAUAUAAAUAUCUCGUAAUUCUGACUUUAUUUCCCAGAAUUGAGUUUAUAUCUCACAAUUCUGGGAGAAAAGUCAGACUUGUGAGAGAAAUUUUUUUUUUAUCCUGUGGCAGAAACGGGCUUACGUAGUUUUUGAUGUUCAGAUAAUACAUUUAUGUUUACCGUAACAAAGGAAACAGUAGAUACAAGAUACACGUAUCUAUGUGAGAUACAGAGAAAUGUGUCUGUAAAUAUGAAUAACAGAGCAGACUGAUCUCUAGUCACAUCUGACACAUUCUUCCGUCAGUCUCUGUGAGGAAUCCUGCCUCUGUUAUUUACCGUUCUGUGUGUUUUUCACUAUUUCUGCUUGUGAAGGUUUGUGGAUGUUGUACGACACUCAAUUUUGUCUCCUCAUUAUCUGUUUGAUUAUAUGCAAUAAUUUUUUUUUUUUUAAAUAAAUGUCAAAAAUGACAAAUACGUUCAACAAUAAUGCA